UUUAUGUGUAGGCCUAAUAAGAUAGGGGAGGCAGCAGUCUGACCACAGGGCCUAUAUGAAAUCAAAUCAACGUAACGGAAGACCGCACUUAUUUUUCUUCGCGUCACUAACUUCCCUGAGGUGAGAGCCACUGCUGUGUCAACGAGGUCCAACCAACCACGAAGCUUUCAUAAACUUGUCUCGACACUAUAAUUUGUCGUACGCCUUUUUCCUUAUCUCCCGUGUCGUCCACUCCUCUUCCCCUCUACUUAGAGCAGAGUGCCGGUGCAUUCCUAUUCAGUACGUCAGUGUUUUUUCAAGCUAAAAGGUUAAUACAAGUUAGAAAUUCGAUCUGUCACUGAUCUGUUCUUAUGUUUUCCCCUUUUGAUGAGGCUGUAAUCCAAGUAGCGAUGCUCCUAUAAAAGGCCGCUCGUCUGUGCAUGGUCGCUUAUCAGACAGGACUAGUAAAUUAAAGCGGCUUUGUUGUGGAGAGAGGUCCCCCAGUCUGAGCAACAGAAGAAGCGUAACAAAAGUUGCAUUUGCUCAACGAGACAAUGGACUGAAUAAGCUAGGAUCGCGGGGAGGCCUACCGUCUUCUAUCUGCCUGUUUUCUUAAUCUAAACUCCUUUCAGUCGAGCUAGCGAGUAAGAAAAUCUUCAACAACUCAUUACAGGUACGCUUGAAAAGCUAUGAAUGGCGGAACUCUGAACAGACCUGCGCACUCCGAUAAAACAUUUAAUUAAAAGUGCGUAGCCUACUGUUUGAACCUCUUAUUGAGAACUUGGAGAGAUGCGAGGAGGACAGAUCUUUUAAACUCCCCCAAGCCUGUCGGGUUUUACAAUCACUGAGAGUCUUCUAUCUACCCCUAGUUUUGGGUCGUCCAAUCGAUUUUGGCACAGGUGUACGCCUUUAAUCAUAGUCGACCGAGCGUGGACGACCAAAACAUCGGUACAAUCAAUAGAAGAACUGAAACGAGGGGACAUUGGAAUGUUACACCUCUAAUGCAGGUGGGUGUACUCGGAGACAGAAGCUCUAUAAGAAUAUUUAUUUGACAAACUCAAGUGGGAAAUCGGGACUUCUCACACCUUAAUGAGGUCGACAGGUGAUGUGCGUUUUGUAAUUGGACCUAUAAAAUAUAGGCGGCUCAGAUUCAUGGCGAGCUUUUUUGAUCGGUGUGUAAAUCGAAGCCAGUCUUUUUCUCUCAAGUACCCAGCUGUGAGGCAGUAGUUUCAAAGGCAUAAUACCGGUGGACUCACCAAGUGGACUGAAUAACGUCGCCUAGAUACACACUUGUUCACUAGAUUUUCAACUGCAUAUCCAGCUUAAAGGUAGUACAUUAUUGGCGGGUUAUACACAAAUUGAAGAGGUAUCGCAACGACCUUAUUAGGAGAUUGUCGCUUCCAGCGUGGAUAUAUCAAACCAAGCUUGCAAACAUAUCAUAAUAAGUGCCUUCAAAAUCUAGCUUGAAAUGGAAACUACGUGAUACGGUAUACAUUGACUGUCUCAAGACCAUGUUUCAUAAAUACAGUGCGGUGUGAACUGAAGGAGAAGACAUUUGCAACAGCCUACGGUGGCCUUGUGAAUUUACAAUAUGCCAUUGAAAUCCAGCACUCUGUUGAUGGCAGGAAUUGCAUUUACGUUUGGUAUGCUGCUGGGGUUGUUACUCCAGCUGCCGGGUGUCGCCCUUCCCCACAGUGACACAGCUCAGAUUGCCAAUACCCAUGGGGCAAUGGCUGGCGUUCACACCUUCCACAAGAGGGCCAUAAAAACUGUUGGUGCAGCGAAUGAAAAUGCGUUCGAUAUCCCUUUUAUUCGCGAGCAAGGCAGAAAGAUACCCGCAGCCUUGUUAAAUUCACCCAAUAGUGCACCGAUGGACGAGAGGAAAGAAAACAGCGGUCAUAAUGCACGUCUAACAAACCGUGCUGAUCCAAAAUACACCUCUGGGCUGGUGGAGGACCCUCAAAACAACCACCUGGAAGUUGAAGCAAAAAAGGAAGAGGUGCACCCGGACACAUAUCAUAAAAAACGCCAAGAUGAUUUGAUUUAUGAAAGCGAAGAAUCCAUUCCAGUGUUUGCGGAUGUAGAUUCCGCCCGACAAAGUGUCAUCAUAUCUUCCCAAGACCAAAAGCCUGUAAAACCACAUGGCCGCCAACCAUCUCUCGAAAAACCUUUACUUAUAGACGGUCAUUUGUUGAAUAAUAUAUCAUUAACAUUAGCCAACAGAGUAAUUGUCGAGAAUAUUAAUGAUGUCGUUAAAGGAAUAUAUUGGAGUGACCGUUUGGAGAAAGUGACUCCUAGAUUUCAUGAUCUUGAGAUUGAAAAUUGGAAAAAAUUUGCAAGAAAUACUAAAAUUGUCAAAUUGGAAGAAGGCUGUGGCAGAAUGCAAAAUCGUCUGGCAACCUUCAUUGACGCAACAAAAGCGUGCAUUCGUUACAGAAUAAACACAGACCAAAUUCAAGGAGAAAUAUUCUCAUAUUAUCUCAGCAAACUGCUGAAGAUUAAAAAUUUACCGCCCUCCAUUUUGGGUAUGGUUAACAGUAAUAAACAACAGUGGGAGGGUGUCCUAAAAGAAAUUGUCCUUUCACACUGGUAUCCAGACAAAGUGUUCGUCAUUUCCCAGUGGAUAAAUGACUUGUCACCAGCAUACAUUCCCACUGAUUUUAGAGAAGAAUCUAGGAAACUCACCCCCACCAAAGGAGUAUUAAAAAACAAGACAGUGUCGGAAUUGAUAGAACUUGUGCAAUGGUCGGACUUAAUAGUGCUUGAUUAUUUGACUGCCAAUCUAGACAGGGUUGUAAAUAAUAUGUUCAACCGACAAUGGAAUGCUCAUAUCAUGGAAGGACCUGCUCAUAAUCUUGAAAAAUCUACACGGACAGGGUUACUAACAUUUUUUGACAAUGAAUCCGGUCUAUUUCAUGGCUAUCGCCUUCUAGAUAAAUAUUCACAUUUUCACGAAACAUUGCUCAACUCCCUGUGCAUUUUCCGCCGCUCUACUGCAGAGAUAAUUGAAGAUCUUCACGAAAAUGGAGAUGUCAGCGAACGAUUGUCCGCCAUAUUCCUACUGGAAGAACCAGAUCUGCAAAAAUGGUUGCCCAAGAUACCACAACAAAAUAUCAAGAUUUUGAAAUCUAGGAUUUCUGAUGUGUAUUCUCGUAUCCAGAAAUGCAGAGCAGAGUAUGGAGGGUAAGGGUAAAUUAUUAACCAAAAACAUUCGCAGUUGUUUAUUAUUAUUAUUAUUAUUAUUAUUAUUAUUAUUAUUUUCCAUUUAUUUAUUUAUUUUCGUUAAUAUGUGUUAAUAUUAGCAUAUUCUCUCUGUCUUCAAUUACUUUUUACUUCCCCACCGAAGGCAAAAUGUUGCCUCUAGAAUUGAAUUAAGCGUAUAGGUAUAGGAUUUCUUCUUGGUCUCUUUGCUUCAUCUUAGAAAAUAAGAAUUGAAUACAGCGUAAUCUUGCCGUCACGAUAUUAGAGUGAUUGAAAUGCAGAAAAGCGAUCGUAUCUUAAGGCUACUUUCCACAUACUAUUUAAGUUAUUCUGUGAUCAUAUUAACAUCACUAAUGCAAUGGGCGAUCUCAAAGAACAAAUCAAUGGAGUUGCACUUAUUUACCUUGAGGAAUGACCUAAAAACCUAUUGAUGAUGUUUGAUUUUCAGUUUCUAGUUAUUGAUGUGGCUUCACAUCGAAUUUUUGGUGUUAGAAUCUUUGUUGUGGGUGUAAGAAUUGUUGAGAUUGAAAGCGUGCCUCUCUUUUCCAUAUGGUACUGGAUUGACACCUUUGAACUGUAAAUGCCAGCCUCAGAUGUCAUGUUUUUGGAGUCCAGUGCGAAACAAAAUAUGUUUCACCCACAAUACCCUUUUGGAUUGUGGUCCUUCUUUGUCAUAGCGUGCAAAUUACACUGGAUACUUGCUAUAUAUCACAAAAUGAUCCGAAAACUUACAAAUAGCGUGAUGAUAAAAAUAAUAAACAAAUCAACCACGGCUGACUGACUGUAAGCUAGAACAGUUUUGAUUUUGUUGUAUUUAAAUUAAUUUUUUCAAUAUAUAAGGAUUGUCUUCUACGAAUUUUCAACAUGUUUUCUUUCAUUUCUUUGUUUUAUAAAAGCUGAAUGCUGCAACGAAAACCAUUCGAUUUUUGGCACAUAAUCUGUUGGAUGUCUGGAUAUCCCUCUAAUUUUAAAUCUUUUGUAGGGCCCUGUCUGUAACAUAAAAUUUUGACAUCUCUUAGCAUGAACGGUCAUUCUUAAAAGAUGUCUUUUUAUUUGGAAACAAGCCUGUAAAACGUUUAUUGCCACACCAAAUCAAGCAUUUUUAGAUACUCGUUGAAAACAGACGUCAAGUUUGACGUAUUUAACAGGUGAGGAAAAGGACCUAUUCGAGAAAGAAUUUUGACUCCUGCUAGAGCGAAUUUUUCUCCUUCCAUCUGCGUGGUUUGGAUCUGCCUGAUGGAUGUUUAAGGAGAUAGAUUUAAAAAAAGAAAGAAAAAUACACACGUGUGCUCUGUGGAGUCAUUUUCUAAUUUGAAUUUGAUUUUUGAAUACAAAGGAUAAAAUUUUCAUAAACAAAGGAUAACAUUUUGGAUUUUAAUCUUAAUUGAUUAACUGAAAUUACAUUUAAAGUAUUUUCAACCUUUUUUCGGGGGUUUUAAGUAUCGUGAUUAGCGUGCGUGGUACUAAGAUUGUAUAAUAGCGCAGUUUUUCUCUCGCGGCACGCACGGUUGCUGAAUUACGUCUCACACCUUUCAAUCAGAUUUUGUGAAAGUGGCAACUAAUUGCACCAGUAAGAGCGAGCCUCAGUCACAUUAUACGGACCGCCAAAUUAACGUGCCAUACCUGUUUUAUUUGAGUUAUCAAAUAAUCGGGUGUUUUGACGGAAGCCAAACUUCUUUGUAUUUCACAAAAUAAUUGUUCUCCCGUGUUUUUAUCUGAAUGCAUGGAAUGCUCCCUCAAGCUUGCUCCGUUUUUCAAUGAUUAUUCUAAACCAAGAACCUUUUCAAAAUUAUCAGUCUUCAUCUACAACUGCUAAUUUCAUCACAUUUUAGAGAGCAGACGUAAUGCGGACGUUACAUUAUACAGUAGUUGACGGACGUUGUGAUUCACGUCCCUUCCCCACAAAACGGUUAAUCAAAAGAGGUCACCAUUAUUUUGAACUAUACCAGUCAGUGAAUGGCAACAUUUCCUUACUGUAUUUGCACGCAAUGACGUAAUGCCAAACAAUCCGCUCUCUUGUGAUUCAAAGUGUUAAUUUUAAUUCUUAAGUUUCAAAUUAAUGAAAAGAGCACCGAGUACGAGUCCUAGUGGGUUUAAUUCUCAGUGUAUGUAUCAAGAACUGCAUUGGUUUGUUCUACAGCGACCAUUGUCGUGAGCAUAUUUAUUGUUCAAAUAUCCGAGAAUUAGCGAUAUAAACUAAGAUCAUUGUUGGUAUGGGUUAGUUCACAAAUCUGUGGACAAAGCUUAUGAAAACCGCCUUGGUAAGGGUUGGAAACAUACAUAAAAUUAUCUCACUUUAUACGCCUUAUUUCUUUGUUGACUGAAAUGAAUAGCACUUGUAAAGCAUUGAAGUGUUAACAUAACAUGUAAACAGAAAAUGUAUUUAAGACAAUAGGCGAAAACCGUUCCAGAGGGGCUGUGUAUUUAUUUUCUUAACAUAACAAGCUUUUAUGUUAGACUAUGUGCAUGUAUUUCAUUAGUAACGGGGGUGAAAAGCAUGCAUUGAAGUUGACCUGUCCCCCGUCUGAGCUCAUAUAUCCAUCAAUGGUCGUUUUAACUUUGUCAGGUGUUUUUCAGUGCGUUUGUCGCACCUCUGCGCGAUCAUGACAGAAAGGAAUGUUAAGUGACCUUAUGAUUGGCGUGUGGAAAUGUGAAAAAUUUUUACAACUUGAAUUUCAUUUUGUAUCAGUUUUCCUAUCUAUCGAUAGUUUUGUUAUUGCUGGCGUUAAUUUUGCCCUCUUGCUAUCUAAAAGAGAUUUCGGUUUAUUCACUUAACUUCACUUUGCUCAUGCGGUAAAAGGAAUGUCUUUUAAAGCUAAUAUUGAAAUUGAAAGUAUUUAACCAAACGGUAACUACCACGUAACAAAAUCCAUUCCUUAAAAUACAUAUUUUAACCACUGCCUGCAUAGUUCAUGGUGUAGUGGGCUGUAUGCACAGUCCUUGUAAUAACAAGCUUCCAAAGUAUAUAUUCUUUGAUAAAUUUCAAUGGGGUCAUACCCUGUAAUGUUUGCUAACUGAGAUUUUCAACACGUGAGGUUGUUUGGGUUUUAAGUUUGAGGAACUGGUGCGAAACUGUAAUCGCUAUUCCAGCACUUUUGCUCUUCCUUAUUUAUGUCUAAUUUCUUUCUAAUAUUUUAGAGACAAAUUAGAAAAAAGAGCCCAGAAUGUUUCCAACCCUCCAUAUCUGUUUAUGAUGUCAAAUAAUGCAAGGUGAUUGUAAAUUUUAAGAGGUUGCACGCAAUUUUUAUAACUGUGUAGAUACGUGUAAACAUAUUUAUUUAAGAGUAUCAACAUGACAAAAUAUUGAGACGAACGUUGUUAUUUUGGUGACAGUGGCAUUUGUAUUAUGAUGAUGGCGAUCACACAGGUUUCUAGGAAGGUCUCAUUAAGUGAAUUCGAUGCAUAAUGCUGUAUGGCUUCUUCGAAUAGAGAGCUGUUAGACUUCACAUAUUGAUUCGACCUUUGUUUCGUUGAUACAAAUGGUUACUCUUAACAGACUGGAGACAUUGGGAUUAAGUCUAACAAUAUCAAAUUUUGUGACUUGCAAAACCAUCAUUGUUGUCAAGCAUAUGACAUCGCCCUGGCUUAUAUCAGUGCACUUAGACCUACCAGGCGGCUUGGAUGAAAUUUCAGAUAUUUAAAUGGCAAAACCUAAGUGCCUAUCAUUUGAAUAAGAGCUUGUAGGUAAUUUUAAUUUGAUUCUUAUAUACUAAAUUAGUUUUUGUUCUCCAUCCAUCGCCUCACUGACACUAUAACACUAUAGUUGGUUUUUCGUAGAAGCACGUUCAUGACAUUUUCCCUUGCUCAAAACCUGUUAGUGAAGUUAAUGUUAUAUGUAUUUCAUAACUGUCAUUUUCGGGUGCUUCUUGUUUAACGUCUAUGACAGCAAUAUGUGUGUAAAUAAUGUAUAUGUGCUCAAACUGAUUUUAAAUAUUUUGCGCUGGAUAAAUACAUGACGCAAUGGGUAAAGUGAGCUUGUAACAUAAAGUCAGUUAUGCUGUUUUAGAGUCAGUUAAAAAUAUAAACGCAUUUACUGCUGUUUUAUUGUCUUCAAAACAAAUUAUUGUAAAAGCAGAUUUCAUAAAUGUCCGCUGCUUGCCGAAUUCAGAUCCACUGUUUAUGUUGUUUUGCUACAUUUUUGUUGUAAUUUAAUAAAUAAUUUGAUUUAUA